UUCGGUCGUGUUCGCCAGAUGUUGGCUCCGCUUCGGUCGUCGCAGGCCAGUUGGAGUAUAUUUACAUUGCCUACCUGCUCUCAAUGCUGUUACCGCCGCUGUCCUGAGGGGAACCGUUCUCGGUUGGUCUGUUUAUAAAUAUUUGAUGGAACGGAGAUAAAGCGAAAAUUCGCUUCAUCGGAAACGAGCUCCAGGCCGCUGUUUGUGGAGUGUCAAAGGAUGUGCUCGAUGAAAAAUCCAUUUCCAUUCUAGUGCAAGUGUAGUGUGAAAAUUGUGCAGCUCUGCCGACGGGAACGAGAAAGCUCCAUAGUCAUCACUAGAUGUCGAUUGAUGGUGCAGGCGUGUAGCAUUAUCUAUUUUGUUUUUGUUUUUCAAAAUGUAUUUCGAAUCGUGCAUUAGUAGGAAGAUAGUGAUCGGUUUUAUUUGUUUUCUGGUGCAAAUUAGUCAUGGGAUAAGCCAGCUCGUGAUCAAUGUACAAAAUCAGGGAGGCGAGGUGGUGCAGGAGACAAUAACGUCCAGCGUGGGUGACGACACGUGUACGCUUGAGUUUCAGCGUAGCGACGGUACGCUGAUAACCAAGCUAAUCGACUUCAGAAGUGAAGUUCAAGUCCAUAAAGCUCUGGUCCUAGGCGAGGAAGAACGUGGCCAAAGUCAAUACCAGGUGAUGUGCUUUGUGACAAAAUUCCAGAAGGGAGAUUUCAUCACGGCCGACGCGAUGGCCAAAUUACGACAGAAAAAUCCCAGCACCAUCCGGACACCGGAGGAGGAUCGGGGCAAGGAAAACUACACAAUGACGGGUUGGGUGCAGCUGGACCGAGCUUCGCCUAUCUCCCGCCACAUAGCACCGCUGUGUUCCGAAGCUCAGGAAGCGACAUACGCUCGGGACGCUGACCUUAAGGCGUGGGCUGAACUGCCAGGUUCCUCGAUCUCGAUUCUGGAAUCGGCGGUCAAACCGUUCCCCUCGGUAACGACCGGUAGUCCACCUUCGCGCUGCAGUGACGUGUCCGCGAUUUGGGCGCCGUGCAUUUGCACGCUAGAGCUGUGCAUCGGCUGGUACCCCUGUGGACUGAAAUACUGCAAAGGAAGACCGGACAGCAACCAGCUGCUGAACGGCGGUGCCGGAAGCUCCAGUUACCGCUGUGGCAUCAAAACUUGCCGCAAGUGCCAUCAAUACUCGUACUACGUACGGGAAAAGCAGCAGUGCCUGUGGGAUGAAUGACCGCAAGUGGGCUACUGCUGUAAUUGCAUCAACAGUCGCUACUGGAAGAAAUGCUAUCACACCAAAUCCAACGACGAUAAUCAUCAUCACCAACGACAACAUCAGCAGGAUGGAUACCGUAACCGAACGUACGAACAGGCGCGACCGCUGACGGGGACCAUCAGGAAUUCCGCCAGCGGCAGCCCCGUUCACAACCGAACGACAACGAGGUUCAGAUGCGACACCAGUUCUGUUCAACACAAAUCACUGGCAGCGACAGGGAUAACUUCGAGUAGGGUUAGCUGUAGAAAUAGUAAGAGUAAUAAUAGUACCACUACAACUAGCAUUAGGAGAUGGUCGGUAUCAGCGGCAACCGAAACAAUCAGUGAAUUUAAUUUUUUACUCCGAGAUUAUAUACUGCUCAAUCGCAUCCGUUGUACUUUGCACCCCGGAGAGAACCCGGCCGUGACAAAUGAACGCCAACGACGACGACGCCGACGACGACGGUGACCGCAGCAGAGCCGGAUCCAUUGACUCGUCACUGAAACGAUGUAGAGACGUGUUUCGAGUUGAAUGAAAUUAUUUUAUAGC